GAAGAAGAAGAAGAAGAAGAAGAAGAAGAAGAAGUAGAUCUAGUUCUGACGAGGUACGAGCAUCUUUUAGUGUGAAAGCAGCGGCUGCUUCUUCCUCCUUCCACGGGGGGCGGGGAGGGCGCUACCGGUUCAGUCUCCAGCCUGUUCUGGGAGGUCGAGCGGUGGACUGCGGCUCACAGUCAAACUCUUCCCAGUUGAAUCCCUCCUGAGCAGCAGCAGCAGCAGCAGCUUCAUCAUCCGUCUUGCGGACAUGGACUUCUCCAUCAGAGCGGCGAACGUGGAGGACUGCAAGGACAUCGCGCGGAUGAUCCGGGAGCUGGCAGAGUACGAGAAGGUGGCCGAUCAGAUUAAAGUCACACAGAGAGACUUGGAGCAAGACGGCUUCUCCAAGAACCCGUUCUUUCACGGCAUCGUUGCCGAGGUGCCGGAACAGCACAGAACCAAAGAAGGACAUACGAAGAUCGGCUAUGCACUUUACUUCUACUCCUACAGCUCCUGGACAGGAAGAGCCGUUUACAUGGAGGACUUGUACGUGAUGCCAGAUUUUCGAGGAAAGGGAAUUGGAAAAGCACUUAUGAGCAAGGUAGCACAGCUGGGUCUGGCCGCUGGAUGCAACCAGCUCAACUUCACGGUUCUGGACUGGAACAAGUCGUCCAUGGACUUUUACCUCAGCCAGGGCUGCUUCGAUGUCACGGAUAAAAUGGGCUACCACUGCAUGCGCUGCGAGGGUGAGGCUCUGGAGCGCCUGGCUCAACCUUAACCUGACGCUGCGACCUUUGAAAACCUGGAAGUCAGUCCAGGCAAUGCAGAGCUCCACUUUACGGCCGAUUGUUUAAAAUGUCAUGAUGGUUUAUAAAUCGGUGACUUUUUCUUGCCAAACCUUUUGAACCUUAAGUUAUUAAUUAUUUGUCCGUCGGACCUUAAAGCCAUUUUACCGCUCGGUUUACCCGUGAAAAUUAUGCAAAAAUGAUCCAAAUGAAGUUUUUUCAUUAUUUUGUAUUGAUAACAAUAGAAAUCAGGGUAGCCAUUUUAAAGAUUUCAUCCCACAACUAUAUUUUUACGGUAGUUUUAGGUAGAAAAUCUGUGUUCUCCACAUUAUACGCUCUUAAAGCUACACAGCAAUACUUGGAAGUUAUUGGCAGAAUAAUCCAUCACAAACCAAUACAAUAGAUUUGAUGUAAAAUCAGUUUCAUUGAAAAGUGUGGGUGAACGCUUAUAUGCACAAAAAAAACAAGGUUUCUAGAUGCAAAAUCACAUUUAAUGCCACGGGAAGAAAAGGUAAGACUUCAUUUGAUGGAGUGUGCAUGAGAUUGGCAUGUUCAUAACAUGUGUUACGAACAUGAAGGAGUCGUCAUGAAUGCUUAUGACUGUUGUCAUGAAGUGUUGUUUGGUAAUUAAUGACACCUUUGAUGCAAAGUUGACCAAUUUAACGGACUUUUAAUACAACUUGUAAAGCAACUUUGCAUUAAAGGCGUCAUUAUUUACCAAUUGACACUUCAUGACAACAGUCGUAAGCAUUCAUGAAGACUUCUUCAUAUUCAUAACAGAUGUUAUAUCGUGUUUAUGACACUGUCAUGUCAGUCUCAUGCACACCCCAGCAAAUACAGUGAUACGGAGAAAGGUAUCCUUGUCCUUGAGUACAGUGAUGGAGAAUAAAAACUAAGUACAUUGUUUCGUUGACGCCGAGUUUACGAGCAGAGGCUCCUGUACUACCAGAUCGAUACUCCUCAACUUAAAAGGAGUUUUGAUCUGGUAGUACAGAUCGAUACCCCCUCAUUUUUUGUUUCUAUGAUGAGGAAAACAUUUCUCCGUCCUGCCUGCUGCUAGCAUGUGCUGGUUCUAAAUGAAAAUCACCCAGUUUCUUCUUAGAUUUCCAAUUGACUUCCAAUGAUUCACUUCCUGCUGAAGAGCCCCCUGGUGGUUGAGGAAAAAUCUACAGCAAAGCCGCACCGGGUUAUUAGCCAUGUGGGAAAAAAGUAGCGGCUUUUAAUCCAAAAAAUACAGUACUUAGUUUUUCAUGACUGUUUUGAAGGCUUCUGAUUUUUUUGUCUCCACCUGACAAGCUAGUGGAUUUAACAUCAGCUUACUAGCCGAUUACAUCUCGCCUCCUCCUUGUAUGCACACUGUGUCAACUAAAAUGAAUUUAACUAAAAAUCCAAAAGCGUUCAACACAUCCUGAAAGAGAUUUUAUCCUUCGCUAUUGUCCCAACAUCUGGAUUAAUCACCAUAAAUCUAAAUCCCUCUGCUUUAGAAAUGUACUCAAGCUAAAUGGGAUUGAUUUUAGAGCAACCAUUUAGCACCGCAUUACUUAUUAAAAUGAUUAAAUUAUGCAUGAAUAUAAAAGCACAAAGACUUUGCAGAGAGCCACUGCUCAUUUUGUCAAACACUAUGUCACCUCAAACGAGAGAGCCGAACGUUUUAGAAAUAAAAAAAAUGUUUAAAAAAGCUGCUCUAAAAUAACUGUGCUGCGUUUUUAUGUGUUAAUAGACCGUAAAGUCAUUAUGGUGAACCAUUACUGCCAUUUCCUCGGUUGAACUCCUUAAUAGUUGCCCACUGCUGUUGUUGUGGGCCGGUAAUUGGCAGUGUUGGUGUUCAUAGUUGUCACUUGGCAGCAGAGCUGCUGGAAAACCCUCACCUGAAGGGCAAAACAACAAACAGCACUAAUCUGCCCUCCAGCCAUCCUCUCAAAAUUCAGCUUUCAGAUCCACAAAUCAACACAAACAGAGGUCUGGAGGGAGCAUUUAAAGGAUUCCUGUGCAAAAAAAAAACCUUGCCGUUUAGUGUAAAUGCAGUUUAUGUUUUUUUAUUAUUAUUAUUAUUAUUAUUGUUUAGGCUUUUAUUUUUUGUACUAAAAUGUUUUGAUGAAGUGUUUAUAUAGGUACAGUUUUAUGCCAUGAAGCUUGUUUACUGAGUUUAUGGUUUGCUGCUAAUGUUAGCUCCUUUAAUCUUUUACUCGUUUACGUGUUGGUGAUUGAAAAAGUACGCGGUCGUUUUAGGGCGCGACAUUAAUGUGCCAGAUCAAUGCUACUGUAAAUAAAUCGUAUGUGUUGGAGACGCACCAAAAAUUAACCGGCUAAAGUGACACCUGGAAAAGCUGAAGAUGCUUAAUUGGCUCACCUGGCGAAGAUUUUAAAUGGCAGCGAUGCUAAAAUUCACAUAAUGGCGGAGAUUUUGUGUAAUUAUAAUAAAAGGCAAAAGUGAGAUAACCGACAUUAUAAUUUUCAGUAAUAUUGACAUAGUUAUGUGGGGAUUUUUUUUUGGCUAUCUUGCACCCCUCAUCCAGAUUAAAUGUACUUUUAAAAACUGACAGCCUGGCAGCGUUGAAACAUGAGAAAUUUAAAUACGAGGAAAUAUUUCAUUUCCCUUUGGGAUCAAUAACGUAUCUUUGAAUUCUCUGAACGCCGAAGUGGAGCUCUGAGAAAGACUCAGCCUCUUUCAGCGAUCCAGAGUCUUCAGUGUUUGUAGUUUGUCUGGAUAUCUCAGUUUUCCUUGAGACGUCAAGGAAAACCGAGAUGAAAGGCGUCUCGACUUUGAUGCAGGUGGAAACUUUCUCUUUCUCUGCGGUUUUCCCUGCUGUACACAAACUCUCCGUUGUUGGCUGCCGCUAUAAAGCGACUACUUUGCCGACCAAAGACGGUCAAAUGCCUGAAAACUACGACUACUUGGGUAUUAAGCUCUGGCUGACAGCUAAAGUUUUCCAUCCUGCCUCUGCUGUCGUUCGACUCGGUCCUGAUUGGAUAAAAACCGAGCGAGAUCAGAGGCUUUUUUUUUUAAAUUAGGCUUUCUGAAGGAGCGCCGAACCUCCUUCUGUCCGUCGGCUGGCCAAAAGACGGCUGCUUCACGCUUCCAUUGCUCACCGCACUAAUUUGGCUGCUUGGCAAUAUUUCCAGUCGUAAAAAUGUUGUUUAGUUAUGUUGUCCAAACUAGACCACCCAUCGGUCUUAUUAACAUAGAUUUGGUUUUACGGUAUUCUAAGCCUCGUGAUGAAUCCUGCAGAUAACUCUUCCCAAUCAAGGUGGGAUUUGGGGGGAGGAAAGUCCAAAAACAGGACGCCAGUUCCUACAGAGGUGUGUAUGUGUUACACACCUCUUAACUCAUCUGCUGCUAAGCCAGAGGAUGAUGGGUCUACUGUUUGACCACAGUCGAUAUUGUGUGCUCACUCCGUCGCGUUCUUUGUGCACUGAAGGAAUCGUUUAGAGCUCAAAGCUUCUCCUAUGCAGCCAAACUCGGGGUGCAGCUUUCAGGGAAAUGGAUGAAGCCCAAAUUCAAACCAAAACAAUCCACUCAGUGGAAUUUGGAGUGGGGGAAAGGGGUGCUGCAAAAAAAAAAAAAAAAAAAACCCAUAAAGCUUGAAAAGUGGGCUGGUUGCACAACUUUAAGCUUGUCAUGUUUAAAUGAAAGUGGCAUUAUUCUGGUCUGAACCACGAGUUUUUCUCUCUUUUCUUUUUUGUCAGGUCUUCUGCAGUUUAAUGAAAAUAUGCUAAGUUUUAUUUGCAUUGUUUCUGUUCCACUCAGACAAGUAAAAACCACUGACCCUUCUUUGCAACGUUUGCAUUUUGGCAUGGAAAUGUGUCCUGGAAUGCGUUUCAUAGGCCAUUAUUCUGCUGCUGCAAACUGCAAGGCGCAAAGACCGAGCGAGCGCGAGAGAUUUGGAUUCUUUUACAGCGUGCAACUUCCCGUCAACGAGAGUGCAAAUUAUACAAAUACAUAAAAAAGAAAAAAAAAUCCAGCCCAAUUUAAAAAUCACCGUUUCUUCCUAAUACACCUGCAAUAAAUCAUCGAGGUGGAAAGUUUCCCGGUGUGUGUUCAGGUUUACGUUGUGUAGCCGUGUGUUUGAGUAAUAACUAUGCAGUGUAUCUGUCAGAAUAAGUGGAUGAAACGUCUGUGUUUGUGUGUUUCGGCGUUCAGAAAGGACGCCGGCGCGUUGUACCGCCGCUCCAAAUUCGGUGUCAAAGCGUCCUCUACAUGUAAUUUACUGCGUGCAAAAUCAUUUUAACAUACGUUUGAUUUAAUAAUAGCUUAAAGGGAGGGUUGGUGGGAACGUGUGACUAAAGCUGACCGUGCGGCGUUCAGGCUUGAACUGAGUCUUGACUGGGUUUUUGUUUUAGGAUACGUCCUGGUGUGAAACACAGAGCAUAAAAAACUGAACACACACAUAUAUAUAUCUAUAUAUGUAUAUUUUUUCUCCUGAGCCAUCAAACUGUUGUGAUUUUACAAAAAACACUACAUUGUAUUCAGUUAUGUGAGAAAAAAAAUGUUUGUUUCAGAAGUGAUAAUUUUGCGUGAUGAACGGGUCUUGUGAUCAGUCUGUGUGUUUAUUUCCUGUGUGUGUUGGACGUCUCUGCUCAGUGAUCAAAGAAAUAAAAAUGUUACACACAGCACCUCGGGCUGCGUGUGCUUAUA